CCUGAGCAGAUCAGGCGCCGUCGCACGCAGCUCCGCGCCCUCCCUCUGCCCCAGCCCUUCAAAAGCUCGGGAGCGCCGCGGAUCCGCGGAACAGGAGAGGGCACGGCGGGGCAGGGCGGGCGGAGGAGAGGCCAAAGUGGCACGGCAGCGGCGGGGGCUGGGAGCCGAGCGGGAGCACCGCGGGUGCCCAGGGCAGGGCGUGGGCAGCCCGCGCCGAUGCUCGCUGCCGGCGGGCAGCGCCGAGCGGGCGGCGGGCGGCCCGGGGCCCCCGGGAGCAGCCCGGCUCCCCGGUGAUGGCAUGGACCCGCCGCUGCCCGCCAGCCUCCCGCAGCCCCGCUCCUGCCGCCCCCCGAGCCCCGGCGCGACUGAUGCGGAGCCGCUCGUAGCCACCCAGCCAUGGCUGGAGAUUCCCGGAUCUUCAUGAACCAGGACAUGGACAUCGGGGUCACAUCCCGGGAGCCCAAGAAGAUCCCCAAGCAGGCUCGGGAUGACGUCCCCAUCGCCACGGACAGGACCCGGCUCAUUUCCACCGAGGGCAAGAAGCCGCGGCAGCGGUACAUGGAGAAGAGCGGCAAGUGCAACGUGCACCACGGGAACGUGCAGGAGACCUACCGGUACCUCAGCGACCUCUUCACCACCCUGGUGGACCUCAAGUGGCGCUUCAACCUGCUGGUCUUCACCAUGGUCUACACCAUCACCUGGCUGUUCUUUGGGUUCAUCUGGUGGCUCAUUGCCUACAUCCGGGGAGACCUGGACCACCUGGAGGACGAGAACUGGAUCCCCUGCGUUGAAAACCUCAGCGGAUUCGUGUCGGCGUUCCUGUUUUCCAUCGAGACCGAGACGACCAUCGGGUACGGCCACAGGGUCAUCACGGAGAAGUGUCCCGAGGGCAUCGUGCUGCUCCUGGUCCAGGCCAUCCUGGGCUCCAUCGUCAACGCCUUCAUGGUGGGAUGCAUGUUUGUCAAGAUCAGCCAACCAAAGAAGAGGGCAGAGACCCUCAUGUUCUCCAACAACGCUGUCAUUUCCAUGAGGGAUGAGAAGCUCUGCCUCAUGUUCCGAGUCGGGGACCUCCGCAAUUCCCACAUUGUCGAGGCUUCCAUUCGAGCCAAACUGAUUAAGUCCAAACAGACCAAAGAAGGAGAGUUUAUUCCCCUGAAUCAAACGGACAUCAACGUGGGAUUCGACACCGGAGACGACAGGUUGUUCCUGGUGUCCCCUCUCAUCAUCUCACAUGAGAUCAAUGAGAAAAGUCCCUUCUGGGAGAUGUCCCGCACCCAGCUGGAGAAGGAGGAGUUUGAGAUUGUGGUCAUCCUGGAAGGAAUGGUGGAAGCCACAGGGAUGACUUGCCAGGCUCGCAGCUCCUACAUGGACACCGAGGUGCUGUGGGGACACCGCUUCACCCCCGUGCUCACCCUGGAGAAGGAUUUUUACGAGGUGGACUAUAACAGCUUCCACAGCACCUACGAGACCCACACGCCCGUGUGCUGUGCCAAGGAGCUGGCCCAGUCCCGCCGGGAAGGGCAGCUCCUCGGGCCCCUGCCCAGCCUGGGGCGGGACACAGGGACAGCCAGGGAGGACGAGGAGGAGGAGGAGGAGGAGGAGGAAGGCAGGGAGCCGGCGGGACUGAGCGGAGCCAACGGGACAGCGGGAGAGGGGAAGGAAGAGGUGCCUGUAUAACCCCGGAGCCGCUGGAGCACAGCCCCCCUCACACCUGCUGGGACACUGCACUGGCCAGCCAGGAGCCCCCGGGAGCCAGAGCUGGGAUUCGUGUCCUGCUGCUCGUCCUGGGAGUCACUGCACUGCACCGUGCCUCAGUUCCCCCCCUUUCCCUGAGGCUCUGAGCUUUGCCCUCCUCUGCAAAGCAUCUCGAUCUCCAUGGACAAGGCCCUCUGUUCUCAUCACUGUCAAAACCGAAAUUCCCACCGCUGGUUCUUUCAAACAGUGUUCAUUGGACGUGCAGAACUCUGCCCCUCUUGCCAGGGUGUUUGACCAGUCCAGAAUGUCCCAUCUCAGUAUGAAGAAUGUGAUUUCAUACCUUCACUUAACUUGUGAGUCAAUGUAUUGUAGACAUUGUUCCAGCUAAAUUAAAAGAAAAGGUAAAAACCUCCCUGCUAUGUAGUGAAGUGUUUUGCCUUUAUGAAUUUUACAAACAAAUGUUACUGUUUGCUUCCAGGAUCACAGCCAUUGGGAUUUAUUUCCUACAAAAUGUUUGAUAUGAGCAGGACACCUUUCCCUGCAGACCUCUAACAUGCUUAUCCAAUGUUUUGUCUUCUCCAGCUGAAGUGUUUCGUGUACUCUUUUCAUGGAAUCUCUGACACAUUUCAGAGGCUACCCGUGGUCAGAGCAAGUUUAGAUUUUGCCCCAGUGAAGGCUUUUUUCUGGCCUGAAUGUCCCAGUUGCAGUUCUAAUUGAUGAUUUGAUGAUUUAAAACAAAGGAUGUAGUCCCCUGGGGGUUGGAAUGUUCUGGAAUUUCAGAAGCUCUGGAGUAGGGAGACUGGGUAAGUGGCAGUUUGCAAAAUUCGCUGCUUUUCUGCAAAGCACAUAUUUAGAAUAAAGGUUGAAGUGCUGAUGUUCCUGCAGCUAAUGGGAACACACUGACAUAACUGAAGCCAACAAUUUUGUUCUUUAGAAAGAGGCAGAAAACCAGAUUUCCCAAAGAGGAUUGUCUCACCCAGAAAAGGAAUGAAGAAAAGCAAUCUGUGAGAUAAAAGAUUUCCACAAAUUUCAACAACACAGAAAAAAAAUUGCCUUGUUGGGGAAAAUCUCUUCCCUUGCUCCUAAAAAUUUGGUGGUAAAAACAGGCUACCUGCAGAAUUACUUCAAUAAAAUAUAAUGAGGAAUACAUAAUAUGCAAUAGUUAUUUUUCAUAGAGAAAGGACUGUAUCUUUAUCUGGGGAAUAAAUGUGCAUUGUCUGGACUGAGCUGCACACUCAGGA